GUAAUUCACACUGACUGCUGCAAAACACACGCACGCACAAAAAAUAAAAGAAGCAUGUGUAGGGACAUUUAUCAGGGCAGACAAAGGUAGAAAUUGUGACAGAGGCAGAAGUUGAACAUAGUCAGCAUCUACAGAAGAUUAGAAGGCAGAGAGAAAGAUUUAUUUAUUAGGAACUGGACAUCAUGCUGCUGCUGGAUGAAACACACUCUCUAACAGAUCAGAAUCAGAGUGUAGGGUAUAGCUCUGAAAAUGAAUCUCAGGGCAGUGUUUCUUUGCAAUGGCACUGUGGCCUUCCCUCUUCCUCCUCUUCAGGUGAGACUCCAGCACGGAUACCAUCUUGCCCUCUGUCUCACCUGAAAGGCUGUAGUUCGACUCUUGGUCUGGAUAACCCCAAGAAGAGAAUCUCAAAGCCUACUCACAUGCGGAGGAACAUCAGGAAGUUGUUGAAAGAGCACCACUUGGAUGCAGUAAAUAAAGUGGCCCACCUUGAAGAGUCAGAGAGACGCAAGUGCCUAGAUCAGCAAAGGGAUCUGUGUGUAAGUAUGACUUAUGGCUCCAGGGAACGUGCAGCAUGUAUGCAAACAAGCAACAGUAGUGACACACACAGCACCGAAGUGGCAGUGCUCCAAACAACUGCUGAUACAAGCGACCAAAGUUCAGAUGGGAACACCAUCUCAUGCUUCAUCAGCAAAUCAGCCAAUGAGUAUGAUGUUGAGAGCAGUGGUAUGCAUCUUAACAAUUCUGUCAAACAACCAGAUGCUCAGGGGCAAGUCCUCAUCAACAUCAAUCACCCAGAGGAUGAAAGUGACAUCUACCUGUCCCCUCAAAUUGCCCGUAUCAUCAAACCUCAUCAGAUUGGGGGAAUCCGGUUUCUGUACAAUAAUCUGGUUGAGUCCCAGAAGCGUUUAAAAAGCACCCCUGGUUUUGGCUGUAUCCUGGCUCACAGCAUGGGCCUGGGUAAAACUCUACAGGUCAUCUCUUUCAUCGACAUACUCCUGCGCCACACCGGAGCUCACACCGUGCUCGUCAUCGUCCCUGUGAACACACUACAUAACUGGUUGGCGGAGUUUAAUCUCUGGGACCCACCUGCUGAAGCCCUGCCACCCGACAAUGACCCUGGCCACAUUACACCACGUAACUUUAAGGUGCACAUCCUUAAUGACGAGCACAAGACCACAAGCAGCCGUGCUAAGGUUGUUGAAGCCUGGUACAGAGACGGUGGUGUGCUGCUAAUGGGAUAUGAAAUGUACCGCCUACUCUCACUCAAGAAAAGCUUUGUCAUUGGGCGAAAGAAGAAGAACUCAAAGCUACAUGAACGAGUUAUUAUUGAUGAAGAUAAGGAGGACCACCAGAAGGAGCUAAUGAAAGGCAUUGUGUCGGCUCUUGCUCAGCCGGGUCCAGAUGUCAUAGUCUGUGAUGAGGGUCACCGCAUUAAGAAUUGGCAUGCCAGCAUCUCACGGGCUUUGAAGGGCAUUGGGACACGGCGACGGCUAGUACUGACUGGCUACCCACUGCAAAACAACUUGUAUGAGUACUGGUGCAUGGUGGAUUUUGUGCGUCCUGGCUUCCUGGGAACACGGCCUGAGUUCAGCAACAUGUUUGUGCGGCCCAUCCUGAAUGGACAGUGUGUGGACAGCACACCUGAAGAUGUUCAGCUCAUGCGCUACCGCAGCCAUGUGCUACACAGUCUGCUUGAAGGAUUUGUACAAAGACAUGGACAUGAUGUGCUAUACUCCCAACUGCCACAGAAGCAGGAACAUGUGAUUUUGGUGCAUCUUACAGCAUUGCAGCGUGCACUCUAUGUUGAAUUCAUGAAUCGCUUUACAGAGGCUGGAAAUACAGGCUGGCCUACCCUUAACCCACUUAAAGCUUUCUGUGUCUGCUGCAAGAUCUGGAACCACCCUGACAUUCUCUUUAAGGCACUUCAAAGGGAGAAUAUUGCCAUUGAGCAGGAUCUGGACUUGGAUGACAUCACUGCUAGCAAUGCUCACUGCUCAGCCAAUCAAAGGGAUAAACCCAGUGACUCAGGCAGCAAUAAUGGAGAUCUGACUUUAAAUCACCUGCAGGAGAAAACCAGUCAUGUUAUCACAUAUGAAUGGGCAAAAGACAUCAUGACAGGCUAUAAGAAAGGCAUCUUAGAAAAUUCAGCUAAGAUGGUGCUGUUUUUUCACAUUAUAGAGGAAAGCAUCAAGAUUGGAGACAAGGUUUUGGUUUUCAGCCAGAGUCUAUAUACGCUUACAGUCAUUGAAGAAUUCCUGGUUAAGAGAACAAUGCCUGACUAUAGUGGAAAUGGUGUGAAGCAGACUUGGGUCCGCAAUGUCAACUAUUAUAGGCUGGAUGGAAGCACCUUAGUUUCAGAACGAGAGCGGCUAAUUAACCAGUUUAAUGAUGUGACAAACAGCUCUGUUUGGCUUUUUCUUCUGUCCACCAGGGCUGGCUCUCUUGGUGUGAACUUAACUGGUGCCAAUCGUGUAGUGGUUUUUGAUGCCUCUUGGAAUCCAUGCCAUGAUGCUCAAGCUGUGUGUCGUGUCUACCGCUAUGGGCAGUGUAAGCCAUGCCACAUCUAUAGACUUGUGACUGACUUCACCUUGGAAAAGAAAAUCUAUGACAAACAGAUCUCCAAACAAGGAAUGUCUGAUCGUGUGAUAGAUGAUUUAAAUCCUGUUUUGACAUUCACACGGCGGGAGGUGGAGUCUCUGCUGCACUUUGUGGAAGAGGAGCCUGAUCCAUUACACUCUGUCCAACCUCAGGAAGACAUGGAGACAGUUCUCAGGAAAGCCUGUGCAAAAUUCCCCCACCUUAUUACCAAGCAACCUUUUCACCACGAGUCCUUACUGAUGGACCGACAAGACUUCAAACUAACAAAGGAGGAGAAGCAAGCUGCCAAGAAGAGCUAUGAGAACGAGAAAAGGGCAUCAGUGCCCUACACACGUCCAUCAUAUUCACAUUACUACCCAGCUAGUGACCAAAAACUUACUAACAUCCCUGCCUUCAGCCAGAGAAACUGGCGGCCUCCAUUACAGCCAGAGGAUAAGACAGAAGCCGGUAUUAAACUGCCACACACAACCCAAACACAUAAAAUGCACCUGAAGGAAGACCAGAAGGAAAGCCAGGGUUCCCCCCCUUGCAUGAUGUCAGGCUCCAUACCUGCUGCUCUCAAUUUUCCAGUCACCUACUUGCAAAAAGCAGGAGUCUUUGUACAGAAGACUGUCACCACUACAGAUAUUAUGAUUCCUGGUACAAACCAUUCUUCAGAAACACAGACCAAAAUAAGUGCAGGUGAAAGCAUUCACAUUAUCAGAGGAACUAAAGGAAACUACAUUCGGACAUCGGAUGGAAGAAUCUUUGCCAUCCGUGCUGUGAGAAAAUCCAGACAAAUUGAAGACAGUACAAACACAAAUAAAGACAUGCCACCCUCACUGGUGAACUCCAUCAGUAAGAACACAAGUGGUAGUGUGUCCCCUGAUGACAUGUCAAAAGUCCUAACUUCCAAAGCCUUUACCCAACCUCUCUCUCCAGAUACACCAGAAAUCCUAAGUGAGCUUCAGCGUUACACCAAAUUACCACCUCUGUCUCCCUCAGGAGUGGCCAAUCCAGAGACAUCCUCAGAAAAUGUUAUUAUGAUUCUGCCUCAAAACAACAAUGCCUCAUCAGGCAUGGAAGUGCCAUUGGACCUUAGGGGCACAAAGCGCAAAUCCACAUCACGUCUUACCAAUGAAUCUCUGUACGAGCAGCCCACUCCAAAAAAAAGAGUUUCUGUUCAACCUUCUGUACAGAAUUAUCCUUUUACAGGCACUUAUGACUUAAAUUCCACCAGCAAUCCUGGUGUAAAUUGUGCCCAUCUGAGCUCUCCGUGGUUGCCCUACUUCCAACCUCAAGUUCCUAUACCUGAGCACCAACUCAUGUUCCAGGUCUCUACAGAUACCUACAGCUCUAGAGACAAAGCUUUGCUUAGGUCUUCUCCAACAUCCUCUAGCAUCACCUCUAGUACUACAGCAACUUCUUCCACCUCUAUUCCUUCAUCAUGUCUGAUGAGGCAUGAAGUACCUGACAUUAUGGCGUCUACAUUCUUGUCACAAUAUGGGCAACCACUGGCUGUGUACUCAUCCAGAUUAAUUCCUCAGGGAAUUCCAGGGCAGGCAGUAUCUAGCUUCUUGCCUCACUAUGUGUUCACUGGCCCACAAGGUGGUACUAAUGAACCUUGUCUUGUCACAGAUAAUGGAGCACCAAAAUCUGAGGACAACAGUGUUUGCGACAAUCCUGAUGAUGUAAUAGAGUUAAUGAAUAAGUGAGAGAAGACACAUUUUGCAGAAUCUGGAAAAAUUUGUUUGAUUAUCAUGGGUCAUCUGCAAAUAUAGGUAGCCUCUUUUUGGAUGUGAGAGGCUGCAAAGGAUAGUGUGAGGGAUUAUGUAUACAAAUGUGGACAAUCUGAACAAUCUUAAUGCUGAAUAUUUUAUUUAAAACAGAAAUUUGUUCACAUUGUGGUUGACAACAACCUGUGCUGUUAAGUAUCUAAAAGAUAUCAUAUGUAAGAGUUUAGAUUUGAUUUAUCAGUUAAUGGUACAGAUAAGUAAGUUACUGAUGAGUAAGAUAGUAAGCGAGACUUA